UUGGCCCAAGCUGGAUGAAACAUGGGGCUUGCCCCCCAUCCUCAAGAAAAAGCCCUUGCCGUUCAGCCAGCCCUGGCCUCAGCCUGAGCUGUACGACAGGCUUGCUGCUGCCUUGCAUGGCGCCGCCGAAGCCCACAUCCUUCUUCGGGACCAUCGUCUUGCUCGUGGCGUCCAGCCAGCACAUGUGUUCGGCUGUUUCUUCCAGCGACAUGGUGGAGAAAACCUUCGUGGGCCCCGACGGGGCGCUCACUAUCGAGCCACACGGUGGCAAGGCCCUCAUUCGACGGGCGGGUUCUUCGAGCCGACUUGUGGGCGCCGCCGAGGAACCUGGCGAGGGCCUCCCGCCGGUGCCCCCUGGCAAGUACAAGAUAUUCACCUACUGGAACUACCCAAACGGUGCCGACGCCUUCGUCGCCCUCAACGUGGAUACCUGGCGCAGGCACGCGCCGCCUGGCACGGAGGUCGUUAUGGUGAACGAGUCGAACUACCGCGACUACAUCCCGGACGCCCCGCCCGAGCUCUGGCGCCUGCCGUACGACGCCUGCAAGUCCGACAUGGUGAGGGCCGCCGUGCUGUACCACCACGGGGGGCUCCGGUGCAUGGACACCGAUUUCGUAGUCACCAGGUCCCUGGAUGGGGUGUUCGCGCGGCUGGAGCGGGGCGAGGAUGUUGUGGCUCACAGCGACUCCGAGAUCUCGGCGGCCGGCGCCAGCGGCCCCUGCGACCUGGCGUCUGGAGGCUUCUCGUCCAACUUCAUGGCGGCCCGCCAGCACAACGCCUUCAGCCGCACCUGGUGGGAGAACAUCCAGCACAAGCUGACGCGCACUUGCGGCGAGGGCGAGUACGACACGGAGAAGGUGUGCUGCCACGAGGCCUUCUCCCCAGAGGUGGAGCAGGGCCCCUGCCACGUCCCGUGGGCCCACCUGGAGUGGCUCAAGGCGCCCCUCAGCAAAGACCCGGACAGCUGGGGAGCGCCCAAGCCAGACCCGACCAGGCACCAGAGGAGGGUACGCAGCGCCGAGGACGAGGAGCUGUCCGCGCUGCUGCGCGUCGCCGGCAACGCGACCAGCGUGCUGGCCGCCGUGGCGCUGGGCAACCGGGCCUCGGCGCAGGUGCCCGACGGCACGCGGGUAUUCUGCAUGCGCGGGGCCGAGGGCAUGGCCAUCCCGAAUGGCGAGGUGUUCUGGCAGCCCUGGGACAGGGAGGCAUCCGCGACGAAGAAGGUGCACGCGCAGAUGCCGGCGAUGGAGUUCUUCGACGCGAGGUUCGCUUGCAGGUUGCACGGGGAGGACCUCGUCUGCAGCAACGGCGAUUGGGGGAAGAACCGCAAGGCUGCCUGGCUGCACUGGAGAUUGGCGCGUAACGGCAUGUUCGGGUCGUGUUUCGACGCGGCGGCGAACAUCGCCACUGGCCCUGUACCUGGCCGGUAUAUCAAGCUGCUGCUGCUGAUGCUGCUGGAGAAUGGCGAUGAAGAUGCACAUGAAGAUGCCGAUGAAGGUCUUCCCGGCCUUCUUCAAGCGCACCGCCCACCACCUCUUCUUCUCCACCCAGCCGAAGAAGAAGAACACUGACAUGACCAUGAAUUUUCGCAGAUCCGUUCGGACUUUUCUGAUCGCCGCUGUACCCUCCCUCCCUGGCUCGCGGAGCGCGCCAGGGGCGGCGUCGCAGGCGCCAGGGAGGGGGAUUCCAGCGCCGAUCCAAGAAAUCCACGCGGACCCCCCGAAAUAUUGUGCUUAUGCAGGCUUUUCUUCUUUGAGCCCAGAGGCCCGACAUCAGGGACAGGCGGGCGAUCCUGAGCGGGGACUGGCUUUUGAGCGAGAUUUACCGCAGAAGCCUCGGCGAGUGAGAUGCCCGCGAGAAAACGAACGCAGCAACAGCUGGCUUCUUGUCCUCGAGGCAGCUGGCGCUGUUUUGCUUGUCUCCUCCCUCCCCUCUUCCCUCCUGUCCUCUCCUCUUCUCCCUCUCCCUCCCCCUGGCCACCCUCUUGCAGCAGGCUCUUGCAACAGGUUUCAUCACCAAUCCCUCCCGAUUAUCUCUUGCAGGCUGGCCUGUCUGGCGUUCCCGGUUUGCCUGGCUGCUUCUUGAUUCGCAGUUUGGGUGACACCAGGGGGGAUUGAACGUGCAGUUGGCAUGCGCUAGAA